AUGCAAAACAACCAAGUAAUGAUGAGACUAUCAUAUGAAAGUAUCUACGAUGAGAUUCUGGCGAAAGCAACAAGCUCGCAAUACGGCUACACAGAUGAAGAAGUCAACAAUGUCUUGAAAGAGAUGCAGGAAAGAUACCAGGAAAGAUAUCCCGGGGAAAGUUAUGAUCUGUAUUUUUGUGAUAUCGCAUGCCCAAAUCAAACGUGGCUGGUUGAAAGUUGGGUUUGGAUACAUUUAUGUAUGUAUCGUUUUGGGGUCAUCAUUCACUUUGAUACUGAUCAAGCUGCACGCUUGUCAAACCAGACAGAAAAAGAGUCAGAAUACUAUAUGGCGCUAAACAGACAUGCGGUAUACUUAUUCCGAGCCACGAGCAGAAGAGCACAAGUUACCCGCCGUGUAGGAGAUUCCGUUUCUGUAGCAGCUCAGCAGUGGGAUACCGAGUCGGCUGUCAAAGAUGGAUUUGAAAUGGAUGCCGAGCCGACACUAGCUGCAAAUGACGAGAUUCCAAGAAAACGAUCCAUGCCAGCUAAUGAGGAAGCACGAAAAAAGAUAAAAAUGAAGAAGGAUGCGUAG